CCAGUUCUCAGCAUAUGAAUGAGAUCUUUUUUCUUUGCAAAUGAAACUGCUAUCUUUUCUUGGUAUUUUUGAUUAAGUUCAAUAGUAUUCCAAACAAUAGGCUUCCAUUUCUUGUUUGUCCUAGAAGUGUUAAGUGCCAAGAAAUUGGGAUCACUUAACUCAUACUUGAAAUAGAUUAUGGACAGCUGCUCUUUGACAAAUCUUAACCAUUUUAUUUUCAGCCACCGAACUGGGCCACCAUCAGUACUUAUUUUGGUGUUCACCAUCUACAGCUACAAUUAACUAUGGGCUGAAAAACCUUCUCGUCUAUUAUUUUUCCUGUUCUACUUGUGUAUGUCUUGCCACUCCUGCAUUGUUUUUUUUUUUUUUUUUAUAUUUCUUUGCCAUGAAUCUGGAUAAGCUUUUCUUUUUCUUUUACGAUGGAUGUUAUCCUUUUGCUGCGCCUCCUGCUUAUCUGUCUCUUCCUCCAAACCUUUGGCCAAAUCUUUAUUGUUGAGUAUAUUAGGUAGUUCAUUGGAUUCAUUGAAGAAUAUUGUGUAGUGUUAAUUAGAUUUUCCAUAUCGAAGGCUUCUGUAUGUAUUGAACUCUCUUGAGAAAUAUUUAUGUUUCCAUUGACAUUGUCAUUUGUUACUGGGACUAAAUACUGAAUGUACAAAUUUGUUUCUAAACUGGGAAUACUUGUGUACUCAUUAUCUGACAAAUUUUGAAGUACCUGUUGUGAGAAAUUAUUGUCAUCUUGAGUAACAUGUAUUCUCCUUCUUCAAUUACCUCACAUUGCGAGAUGUUAAUGGCAUUCAAGUUCUAGUGAUUUUGGAAGAGUUGAAGUUAUCGACAUAUUUGGAAGAGACGGAGCCCAUAAGAAUUUGCCUUCAAAAAUACGUGUCAUACCAAGCGUUUCGAUAACUGAAGAUGAUCCGUUGCCAAACUAUAUAUGUGUGCAGUGCAUCGACAAACUGGACGCUAUUUUGGCAUUCCAAGAGCAGUGUAAGCAGGCGCAGAAAGUCCUGUGGAAAGAGUUCAUUGUCUCCUGCUGCGAGCGAGCCACCAAGCUGAGAAAAGGGAAAGAUGUGCGUGUGCGUGCACAGCUCUGCCGAGAGACGGAGUUGCUGGUUCACAGGGCCGUGACCAAUGGCGUGGGUGUCGACAAGCUGCAGAAGUGCCUCUGGCAGGACCUGGGGCAUCUGUGCGACCAGCGGCCCGCCGCCUGCCCCGACAUGCUGACUCAGCUGGGCUCCUUGCCCUGGGUACGACUGGAGCGCUGCCCCUCGCCCCCCGUGCACAGCACCCCCUGCCAAGAGAUAGAGGAUGCCCUGCCCGUAUUCUGCAUCACCAAGAACACCUCUGGAGAAAAUGAGGUCCUCUGGGUCCGUGGCGAUGGCGAUGGAGGUCGUAUUUGUGACGUAACGGGUGAUGAAACACGUGUUGACGAAGUAGCGAGUGGCGAAGAUGUGCAAGUAGCAAAUAAGAACCUAGUUACGAAUUGUGACAAAAAAAAGUCGAGAGAAAGUGUGAAACAAAGCUCUAGUCAUUCUAAACUCAGCUGUGCUGAUAUUUUAGAUUUAGCAUCCAGUGAAGUGCGAGAGGACAUUAGUGGGUCACCUCGUAGUGAAGAUGUUGACACUAUAGGAAGCAAAAUUGAAGUGACUGAAUUUGUUGAUGUGGGUGUUUUUAACGAUGAAACAGUCAAAGUCAAUAACGAAGUGAAAAUAAAGGAAGAAGAGGAACCGUUGUUGGAGUUUAUCGAUCCUGGUUCUUUGUUCCGUGGACGAGUUGAAGGUGGGGUGGAUAAACCUUUGAAGAAGACGAUGGAAACUCGAUCGCAGACGGAUGCUGUGGGCAUGAUUGCAAGUCCUCAACAGUCGCUGGUCGACACCGUACUUAUAAAGCAAGAGUCAUUGCCAUUGAAUAAUUUACUGGAUAUGGUGGUUUCGUACAACCAUGCGAAUAGUGGGGGCAAAACACCCACUAUUAAACCCAGGGUGUUAGCACAGCAGGAUAGUUGCUCCACUACUGCCCAGCCAGUGCCAGCUGACAGGACCAAACUUCUGGAAUUGGUAUCCCAGGCCAAGCAGAGUGUGUUGUAUAGGAAUGCAGCCUGCCAGACCUCCGGGACUCAGGCUCAGGCGAACGCCCACCAGCGUGCCAGGGAUCGGCCUGGUGACAAUGUGCAGGGCGUUCCAGUGCCCGUCUCUCAAGCAGAGAGCCUGCGAUAUGUGUAUCUCGGCAACAUCCAACCUUCGCAGGCCACAUCCGCAGCACAUAAUUCCCGCGACAACCCACCGCCGGCCCCUCGCAGUGUGCGACAGCUACCGGUUUCACGUGUCCAGCCUCUCACGACUCAGGCGCACGCUCCAUCGGAAAAAAACUCGCAAGCUUCGCAAAACUUGGAAGUAAUGUUCCAACGUGCUCGCACUCCAAUCAUAAAUAAGAUGCCACCAAAUUGGAUGAACAGCUCAAAGCCAGUUGCUCAGUCUGAUAGUGUUGGGGCACAAAACGUAGCCCUAUUUUCACAUACUGCCAAAAAUAGUAAACUAGUUGUGGAGAUGCAGCAGACUGCUACAAAUAGAGAAGCAGUUUCAAGCAUUCUACACCCAUCUACAAGUUUCCAGCAUUUCAUCAACAAUUCACAGCCAGCAUUUUCAGUUGUAAACCACCCGUCACUUGCAAAUGUUCAAGGUAUUUCUAGCAUUCGACAACCCAUUGAAAGUACACAGCAUGUUACUAACACUGCACAGCCAGCAAUUACAGCUAGAACACUUUCUUCACAUAAUAAUAAGAAUGUACAAUCAAUUCCUAGCAUUCACUUCUCCACCGCAACAAGUUUUGAGCCAGUUAUUAGUAAUUCACAGUCAACAAUUUCCAUUGUAAAUCAUCCUUUACUUUCAAAUGUAAAAGCUGUUCACAAUGUUGAACCCCUGAACACAACAACUUUCCAACAUGUGAGCAAUUUACAACCACGUCCAGCAAUUUCAGUUGUAAACCGUCCUUUACUUACAAAUGUACAAACAGUUCCUAGUAUUCAAAACCCCAUCACCACAAGUUUUCAUCAAGCUAUUAGCAAUUCACAGCCAGAAAUUACAGUUUUACCUAAAAGUGUACAAACAGUUCAAAACAGUCAACCAGUCAUAAGUUUUCAAGAUGUUACUAGCAAUUCUAGACCAGUAAAUUCAUUCAUAGACCAUUCUUCUUUAGCAAAUGUUCAACCCGUUCCUAGUAUUCAGCACCCUAACUCAAGUAAUCAUCAUGUUGUUAGCAAUUCUCAGCCGUUAGUGUCGGUGAUAAACUUUCCUUCACAAACCUUUCCUUGUGUUCAGCUGCCCACCUCUGCUUCUUUGCAACAGGUCAGCAGCUCGAAACCAGUAAUCUCAGUGAAGGACUUUUCACGUAUGCAAAUUGACCCGGUCGGCCAAAACAGAUGUUCGGAGUACAAGACGCAACCUGCGCCUGAACAAGGCAGCAGGCCCAACUCCAUGAAGCGUGCCUUGGAUGUGACGAAGGGAGAGAACCCCAAGCAGCCCAAGCUGAUAGGGCUGCCUACACCCAACCAACUGCAAGCCCAGCUCAUGUCGGUGGUGGACUGGCACGCUCCGGUCAAAGGCCAGGCCAUACGGCCGUACUCUUUGAAAAUGAAGGACUGGGACAAAAUGCGAGAUGAGUCCAGUGGGUUGGAAGCCCCUCCCGAGUCUGCCAAGGGGGAGAGCGUUUUGGAGAGUCCCUGUGCAGGGAACUCAUACAAGGAGUACCUGCAAGUGAGGGACAACAAGUUCGUGUGCAUGCUGUGCGAAGGGGUGACGGAGAGCAAGGAGGUUUGCGAGGCUCACAUCGCCAACCACCGGAAAGACUCCCACUUCUACUGCCUGACGUGCAGCGUGGAGGUGCCGGCACUGCGCUUCGUCAAGUCCCACCUGCAGCACCGGCCCGCCGCGGAGACCCAGGACAAGUGGUUCCGCUGCGUCGUGUGCAAGGUGGCAUUCAGCCGCGAGGUCUCGCUGCGCUACCACUUCCGGCGCCACGCGGUGCCCGGCUGCGACAAGUACUCCUACCUGUGCCAGCCGUGCGGCAAGGCGUUUGUGCUGCGCGCAGACUACCUGACGCACACGAUGCAGGUGCACGGUGCAGAGGAGGGCAUGCCCGGCAUCGCCUGCAAGCGGUGCGGUGUCUUAUUCUACUCUGGCAGCGCGCUGGACCGACACCUGGCAGGGCUCUGCGGAGGCCAGGCAGCAGACGACGACUGCCUCAUCAUAGACUGACUUACUUCUACCCUUCAAACUAAUGUGAACCUUGUCUUUAUGUUCAUCCAUGUUGUGCAUCUGUUUCUUGGAUGAAUACGUAUGACUUCAUAUUCAUUGUAUCACUAAACAUCACUCUUUCAGUUUGUAGAAUAUUGAAACCAUUGCCAACUGACAAGCAUUGCCAUGCCACCCUCUUUUUCUAUCAAAAGGAUGUAUACAGUCUUAAAUUCAGUUUUCACAUAAUGUUUUACCACACAAAAAUAUAUAAAGGAUUCUUUGACCGUGAAGGAUCACUCAGCAGCAUUGUACGUAAUUGUAUUGGUGAAAAAUUGAGCGGUGCACAUUAGAAAUUGUAUAUUUAUGACCACUUAUAGAAGUUGUUUACUCAUAAUAUUUGGAGUGAUGGCCAUGUGUACUAAUAUUACUAAAGUGUGGUUUAUUCUGUAUUUAUAGAUUAGUCUUUCAUUUUAUUUCUUGUAUUUGGAGGGUGCCUUCUUAAAAAUUCAGUUUUCUUUCCAGUAUUGUAGAAUUAUUUAAUUAACUGGAAUACAAAAUAUAUGUAAUGGUCAUGUGUCGAAUAAUAUAAAUCUGGCAAUUUUUUGUGUUUAUUGGUGCCGGCUUAUUAACUUUGAAUUUUUUUCAGAUUUUGAUUUAAAGUUAUUUUAAUUAAUUACAACCUGAAAGUAUUAGCUAUGGAAUUAUUUAUAUUGUAUUUGUUUUUGUAUAGUCUUCUACAUUAAAAUAAAUUAUGUGUUACAAA